GUUGUAUUGGUAUUUAUUAAUAAUUCAUCCAUAUUAAUUAAUUUUCUGAAUCUUGUAUUGUAAUUUAAAAAUAUGUACAGUUUUACAACCAGGAAUAUCAACAUGUAUUAUAUAUAGGUUUGGAAGAGUAUUUAAAGUCUUUUUUAUUUAGUUGACAAUAGUUAAUCUAUUGGUAAUUUCUCGAUUAUAACUAGCAGUAGCAGUAUUAUGGGUGCGUACGAGCUAGUCUAAUUUUCAAAAUUUUCAUGUUAUAUAUAUAUGGCUAUUGUUAAUUACUAUAGAAAUAUAUAAUUUACUAUCGGGAGAAGUAUUUGAUAGAACGAUAUAAUGGGUUACUUCAUUAUUUAUUUAUUUAUUUUUUUUUUUUUGUAAAGACGUCUGUAAGAGUAUUGCUUUCAAUCAAAAACUUACAACCUAAGCACAAGUGAUCACCACACUGCAAAGAUUAUUACAUUUAAAAAAUGGUAAAACCAAUUCACCCCUUUCAAACUAUAGUACGAAUCCUGCUACACACCUCUUUUAAUUUUAUCUACAAUGUGAUGUAUUGGCCUGAGAGAUAUAUAGGUUUUUGGCGUAGGAUUUGAGUGUCAGAGAUUAAUAUUGACUUUUAUAUCCUCUAGGGUAUAACCGAGACUAAGAGCUUCUCGGUUUAUAAUCUCUUAAGUCUGGAUUCUAAAAUCAAGAUCAAGUCCCAAAAUUCAAUUCGUCUUAGGCUCAUAUAUUUUCAUGGCCGGCCCGGCAGACAACGUUCAAAACUGGAAAAAACAAGACGAAGAGCAAAAUAAAAAAACUGAUCAGAAACCAAUAAAAAAUUCCGGAGAAACAGAAUUUACUACUAAAUACGACAAUUUGUUUGUUGACAUCCAAAAUAUAUUGGAAGGAGAGAGGUUUAAGGAGGAGAACUAUGUGAGCAGCUUCGGCCCUCCUUCAUGGACACCAGAGGAGAUUGACUCUGCCAAAAUUAUCUUCAAACAAUGCCUUGAUAUUGAUCUUGAUAAUGUCAUCCAAUCGGGUAGGGAUUUCGAGCUCAAGAAAUCGCUUUCAAUUUUGCUAAGUAGCAAUGUCUUUCCCGAGAAUUCUGUAGAUGAGGUAACCAAAUUUGUGGAUGACUUUGUUCAAAGUUGCGAGCAAUAUGAAAUGGCCAAACAAGACUUGAGAGAAAUCCAAGAGAAGGAAAAGUCCAUAGAUGAUCAGAAAACAGCUAUGAAGCAAUUAUCUUCAAAGUUCUUGCCAAUAAGGAAACAAGCAGAGGCUGUUGAUCAUGAAAUUGCCGAACUAGAAAGACAGCUAACCGAAAGGAAAGCAAAGAAGACACGUCUAGGUAAGAUGCUUCAAGUUUUGGCUGAUCAAGCAACUACUUCAAAACAGUCACUUGUUAGAGAUGAAGAGGAUCAUGUUAAGUUUUGUGAGCUCAAGAAAGAACAAGCAGAGAAAGUGAUUAAUGAUGUGAAAACUUCGUGGGACACUUUAAAAAGUAUUGGUUAUUAUAAGAUUAUGCUUUUGUAAAUAUAAUUUCGAAGCAAGAAUACUAUCACUUUGUUUACAGGUUUUCUUAGAUGAAUGAACUUUUGUUGUGUGCCUAGUGAUUCCCCAAGUGAACAAAUUAACACAUUUGCUUUUUGGAUAUUAAAAGUUUGGAUUUAAA